AUCCAGAGAGAGAAAAAGAGAGGAAUCAUCAACCAUGUGUGGAAUACUUGCAGUUCUGGGUUGUCCUGAUGAUUCACAAGCGAAAAGGGUUCGAGUGCUCGAGCUUUCUCGCAGAUUGAAACAUAGAGGGCCAGACUGGAGUGGGCUUUACCAGCAUGGAGACUGUUUUUUGUCUCAUCAACGAUUAGCUAUAAUCGACCCCACUUCUGGGGAUCAGCCUCUCUUCAAUGAAGACAAGGCAAUUGUUGUAACGGUUAAUGGUGAGAUAUACAACCAUGAAAAGCUGAGAAAGAGCUUGCCUAACCACAAGUUCAGGACUGGUAGUGAUUGUGAUGUUAUAGCCCAUCUGUACGAAGAGUAUGGUGAAGAAUUUGUGGACAUGUUGGAUGGAAUGUUCUCAUUUGUGUUGCUGGACACCCGCGAUAACAGCUUCAUUGUUGCUCGAGAUGCCAUUGGGAUUACUUCCCUCUACAUUGGUUGGGGACUCGAUGGCUCAAUUUGGAUUGCAUCCGAAAUGAAAGCACUUAAUGAUGACUGUGAACAUUUUGAGUGCUUCCCUCCUGGUCAUUUGUAUUCAAGCAAGGCAGGUGGGAUGCGAAGAUGGUACAAUCCCCCCUGGUUCUCAGAGGCUAUUCCAUCAACUCCAUAUGAGCCACUAGUCCUCAGAAGGGCCUUUGAAAGUGCUGUAAUUAAGAGGCUCAUGACUGAUGUACCAUUUGGAGUUCUAUUAUCAGGGGGCCUUGAUUCAUCAUUAGUUGCCUCCAUUACUGCUCGCUAUUUUGCUGGGACAAAGGCUGCCAAACAAUGGGGAGCACAACUUCAUUCCUUCUGUGUUGGCCUUGAGGGCUCCCCUGAUUUGAAGGCUGGAAAAGAGGUUGCUGAUUAUUUGGGGACCAUUCAUCAUGAAUUUCACUUCACUGUUCAGGAUGGUAUUGAUGCAAUUGAGGAUGUCAUCUACCACAUUGAAACGUAUGAUGUGACCACAAUUAGGGCAAGCACCCCUAUGUUUCUGAUGUCCCGCAAGAUUAAAUCGUUGGGAGUUAAGAUGGUGAUUUCCGGAGAGGGCUCUGAUGAGAUCUUUGGUGGAUACUUGUAUUUUCAUAAGGCACCAAACGAGGAAGAGUUCCAUCGUGAGACAUGCCACAAGAUAAAGGCCCUUCACCAAUACGAUUGCUUGAGAGCUAAUAAAGCAACUUCAGCUUGGGGUUUAGAAGCUCGGGUCCCUUUCUUGGACAAGGAAUUCAUCAAUGUCGCAAUGAGUAUUGAUCCUGAGUGGAAGAUGAUAAAUCGGGAUCAGGGAAGGAUUGAGAAGUGGGUUCUCAGGAAGGCCUUUGAUGAUGAAGAACAUCCUUAUCUGCCAAAGCAUAUUCUCUAUAGGCAGAAGGAGCAAUUCAGCGAUGGUGUUGGCUACAGUUGGAUCGAUGGGCUUAAGGCUCAUGCUGCCGAGCAUGUCUCGGAUAGAAUGAUGCUUAAUGCAAGGAAUAUAUAUCCUCAUAACACACCUUCCACAAAGGAGGCUUACUACUACAGAAUGAUCUUUGAGAGGUUCUUCCCUCAGAAUUCUGCACGAAUGACUGUCCCAGGAGGCCCAAGUGUGGCUUGCAGUACUGCCAAAGCUAUUGAGUGGGAUGCAACUUGGUCAAACAAUCUUGACCCUUCGGGCAGAGCUGCAUUGGGAGUCCAUACCUCUGCUUAUGAGCAGCAGUUACCCAAUGCAAUUGGGGUUGCAAAUGUCCCAGCUAAAAUCAUUAAUGAUAUUCCCAGGAUGGUGGAAGUGACUGCUCCAGGUCUCACAAUCCGAAGCUAAUAUAUUUGCCUAAGGAAGAAUAAUUUCUAUGGGAAUCUGUAGUUAGUGAAGCAGUUUGUUCAGAAGUUUUUUGUUUAUUUGAUCUGUGAAUCUAAUUUUCCAAUGUAUGAGAAGGAAAAGUUGUGCAAUAGCACCAAAAGAAUCUAUGUAGUUGAUGAAUUGUAGUUGAAUAACAGUAGUUCUUG